GGGCAGUGUUUGGCGGGGCAAGGCGAAGGCGAAGGCUACGUGCUCCGCGUCGGACGGGCCGACGGACCAGGGACACGCCGCCGCCCAGAGACCCACACCCGCAGUGCCCCACCGGCAAUAAUAUGGUGCAGGCGCGCGGCGACUGCCGCUACCAGCAGGUCGCCGUCCAGGACCCCGUCCAGGACCUCGGCCAGCAUGGCCAGCACCAGGACACUGUCCCCUCCGCCGCCAUGGACGACGACGAGGUGGCCAAAGACCCGGGCGCCCAGCAGCCCCACCACCAGGGCUUCUCGGACGAGGACUUCGAAGGUCACCGAGCGGGCUCCGUGUUCGUGGGCGUGCACAUCCCGGGCAACCGGCGGCACUCGCACCACCGCCGCCACCACCGGCACCGCCACGACGGCGACGAGGACGACGACGAACGACCCCUGCCCAUGCUGGGACGCAGGGGAAGCCGACUGGGGAGCAUCUGCGACGAUGGAGAGACAUUCACGCCGCCGUCGCAGAGGGUGCAGUUCAUCCUGGGCGAGGACGCCGACAACGCGGCGCACGAGCCGCACCCCCUCUUCUCCGAGAUGGGCGAGCUCUUCCAGGAGGGCGAGGACGCGGAGUGGCGGGAAACUGCCAGGUGGAUCAAGUUCGAGGAGGACGUGGAGGAGGGCGGCAACCGCUGGUCCAAGCCGCACGUCGCCACGCUGUCGCUGCACUCGCUGUUCGAGCUGCGGUCGCUGCUGCUGCACGGCGCCGUGAUCCUGGACAUGGAGGCCUCGUCGCUGGAGACGGUCGCCGACAUGGUGCUGGACAACCUCGUCAACGCCGACUCGCUGCCGGAGAGCGCGCGGGACAAGGUGCGCGAGACGCUGCUGCGGCGGCACCGCCACCAGCACCAGCGGCGGCGAGAGAACUCCGCCACCAACAUGACCCGCCUGCCUAUCAUCCGGUCCCUGGCCGAGAUCGGCAGGAACCACUCCGCGUCCAAAAAGAAGCGAAAAGCUUUGAAAGCCGCGCGCCUUCGCGUUGACGAGCAGCUAUCCACGCCUAACCUCUUGGGCUCUGGACUGAUUAACAAACCGUCCGAUGUGGGCCGGUACCUCUCCAUCCCUGGCGCGGGCGAGGGGAUGGAACGCAGCCCCAGCGCCAUCUCCAUGCCCAGGAACCACAGCUCCACCGCACUGGGCGAUUUCAGCACCGAGCACAAGAGCAAUGUCCAGUUCAUGCGGAAGAUACCCCCCGGCGCGGAGGCGUCCAACAUCCUGGUGGGCGAAGUGGACUUCCUGGAGCGGACCGUGGCGGCCUUCGUGCGUCUCAACCAGGCCUCGUUCCUGGGGGACAUCACCGAGGUGCCCGUGCCCACGCGCUUCCUCUUCGUGCUGCUGGGCCCCACGGGCGGCAUCGCGAGCUUCCACGAGAUCGGGCGCGCCAUGGCGACGCUCAUGUCGGACGAGGUGUUCCACGAGGUGGCCUACAAGGCCCGCAGCCGGAACCACCUGCUGGCCGCCGUGGACGAGUUCCUGGACGCUGUGACGGUGCUGCCGCCCGGCGAGUGGGACCCCAGCAUUCGCAUCGAGCCGCCCGCCGCCAUCCCCUCGCAGGACCCGCGCAAGCGGAAGCAGGAGAAGCUCGGGCAGGACGUCGACCCCGAAAUCCUGGAGCAGAAACUGCGGGAGCAGUCCGGCCUAGCGCGCACCGGCCGCCUGUUCGGGGGCCUCAUCAACGACCUCAAGCGCAAGAAGCCCUGGUACUUCUCCGACUUCAAGGACGCGCUGUCGUCGCAGUGCGUGGCGUCCUGGAUCUUCCUGUACUUCGCCUGCCUGUCGCCCAUCAUCACCUUCGGCGGGCUGCUGAGCGAGGCCACCGGCAGGAACAUGGCGGCCAUGGAGUCGCUCGUGUCGGGCUUCGUGUGCGGCGUCGUGUACGGCCUCUUCUCGGGGCAGCCGCUCACCAUCCUGGGCUCCACCGGCCCCGUGCUCGUCUUCGAGAGCAUCGUCUACGAGUUCUGCAGCGAGAUGGGCUGGGACUACAUGUCGUUCCGACUGUGGAUCGGCAUCUGGAUCGUGGGCAUCCUCAUCGUGCUGGUGGCCAUCGACGCCAGCGCCUUCGUGUGCUACAUCACGCGCUUCACGGAGGAGAACUUCGCCACGCUCAUCGCCUUCAUCUUCAUCUACAAGGCCGUGGAGAACGUCCUGUCCAUCGGCAAGAGGUUCCCGCUGAACACCCACGCCGGGGUGGAGCUCAACUACGACUGCUCCUGCAUCCCCAGCAACUUCACCACCACGUCCACCACCUCCAUCAACUGGGCCAACGUGUCCGUGCAAAACUGUCAGGCGCUCAACGGCACCCUGGUGGGCACGGGCUGCUUCACGCCCAAGUACGUCCCCGACGUGUUCCUCAUGUCCAUCAUCCUGUUCCUGGGGACCUUCAUCCUGUCCGUGCAGCUCAAGGACUUCAAGAACGCGCUGUUCUUCCCGUCCAAGGUUCGGCAAUUUGUUAGCGAUUUCGCCGUCAUCAUCGCCAUCAUGUCGAUGUCCUUCCUGGACUAUUUCGCCGGGGUGAACACGCCGAAACUCGAGGUGCCGAACGAGUUCAAGCCGACGCUGCCGUCGCGCGGCUGGAUCAUCUCGCCGUUCGCCGGCAACCCGUUCUGGUCCAUCCUGGUGGCGCCGCUGCCCGCCCUGCUGGGCACCAUCCUCAUCUUCAUGGACCAGCAGAUCACGGCCGUCAUCGUGAACCGCAAGGAGAACAAGCUGAAGAAGGGCUGCGGCUACCACCUGGACCUGUUCGUGCUGGCCAACCUCAUCCUGGUGUGCUCGCUGAUGGGGCUGCCGUGGUUCGUGGCCGCCACCGUGCUCUCCAUCAACCACGUCAACUCCCUCAAGCUGGAGUCCGAGUGCGCCGCGCCGGGCGAGAAGCCACAGUUCCUCGGCGUCAGGGAGCAGCGCGUGACGCACGUCCUCAUCUUCCUCACCAUCGGCCUGUCCGUGUUCAUCACGCCCCUGCUCAGCCACAUCCCCAUGCCGGUGCUGUUCGGCGUGUUCCUGUACAUGGGCGUCGCCUCCCUCAAGGGCCUGCAGUUCUUCGACCGCAUCCUCAUCAUGUUCAUGCCCGCCAAGUACCAGCCCGACUACAUGUUCCUGCGCCAGGUGCCCAUCAUGCGCGUGCACAUGUUCACCCUCAUCCAGCUGGCGUGCCUCAUCAUGCUCUGGGUCAUCAAGUCCUUCAGCAAGACGUCCAUCCUCUUCCCGCUCAUGCUCGUGGUGAUGAUCGCCAUCCGCAAGGGCCUGGACUUCAUGUUCACGCGGCGCGAGCUCAAGAUCCUGGACGACAUCAUGCCCGAGACCAUCAAGCGCACCGAGGAAGACCAACGACAGCUGGAAACGGCUGACGUGAGUCCCGAGGCUGAGACUAACGGCGAGGACGAGAACUUGCAGAUCCCCCUGGCCAACGGCAACAUCAUGAAGAUCCCGCUGGCGUCCAUCAACAUCACCGAGGAGGUCAACAAGACGGGCAUCUGGAAGCAGGUGAACCAGGCCAACUCUCCCACCAAGGACGACCCCAAGAAGAAGCUGGCUCCGGGCGUGAAGAACAGCAGCAAAUCUAAGAAGCGCGGCAACAAGAAGGACGCGCUGCUGGACGAAGAGAACAAAAGACUGUCUACGAUGGCGGAGGAGGACGACGAGGACGAAGGGAUCACCAUUAAGGUUAACUACGGACCCAGAGCCGGAAGAAACAUGAACGGAACCGAGACCUCGGUGUAAGAAGGCCACAACUCGCAAUCGACAGAAACGUCCACGGUCUGGGCGCUCCACGACGUGGCCUGGUGUCAGUCCCACCCCCUAGUAUUAGCAUCAUGCACCCUGGGCCCCACUGGCCCCUUGUUCAGCCUUGUAAGAUCAAUUUAAUUUUAUUUCAAGUGUAUUCGGCGGUGUAAUUUAAGUGGUACGCUGGUCACCUACAUGAAUUUGUGAAUCAAGGCGGCCUUAAAUCGUUUUGAAGACAGUGCCAACAGAUUGUUACUCGCUUGUACGAUAAUUGUGAAGUUUAUUUUAAUAUGCAUCGAAAAUAUAUGUACAAAUUGUGCUCCUUGUA